UGACAUUGUCGGAAACCAGUGAGCGAACUUCGUACACAUCACCUGCUCGUACCGAACAGUCUGUGACUAAAAUCUAAAGUUGUAUUUUUAUCUGAUUUAGAAUUUCUUUUGCAGAUUUCAGUUCAUCCUCCACCUUCCAGGUAUAUUUGUUCUCCUUCGUGUGAUUUAUGAAAAUAAAAUAGCUUAGAAUGGGUGGAAAUUCCAGCGUAGAAGUUCCAGGUGGCGGUACGGAGGGUUAUCAUGUUUUACGGGUUCAGGAGAAUUCACCAGGACACAAAGCUGGGCUGGAGGCUUUCUUUGAUUUUGUCAUUGGCAUUGGAAGCACUAGAUUGGACAAGGAUGAUGACACCCUGAAGAAGCUUCUCAAGGAGAAUGAAGAGCGACCGGUCAGGGUGUUGGUCUACAGCAGCAAGACGCUGUCUGUCCGAGAGGUCUCACUGACCCCUAACAACAGGUGGGGAGGUCAAGGGUUACUGGGGGUCAGCAUCCGGUUCUGCUCCUUCGAGGGAGCCAACGAGAACGUCUGGCAUGUAUUGGAUGUGCAGCCCACAUCACCUGCUGCCCUAGCUGGCUUUAGAUCCAACACAGACUAUAUCAUUGGGGCUGACACCAUUCUACAUGAGUCUGAAGAUCUGUUUUCACUGAUUGAGUCGCAUGAGAACCGACCACUCAAACUGUAUGUGUAUAACGUGGAGACAGACGGGUGCAGAGAAAUCACAAUCACACCCAACCGCACCUGGGGAGGAGAAGGCAUUCUUGGCUGUGGUAUCGGAUACGGCUACCUCCAUCGGAUACCCACACGCUACUUCCCUGAAGGUCGUAAGAUGACAUUCUCGGCACAUCUCAACGCACCCAUGGUUCCCUUGGAUAACAUGGACAGCGUCAAGGUCACGCAUGGGGAUGGAUUUGCUGAGGUUUCCCUCGCAUCCACACCAGACACGAGUCAGAUUGAGAAAGGCGUGGCUGGGGUGAGGUUCUCACCAGACCCUCCUGUGGAAAUCCCUAAUCCUGCUGAUGCUGGGGCUCAACCCACAGUGCCUGUCACAGAAACAACUACACCAGUUUCCACAGGUGUUCUGCCGCCAGUCAGCCUGGCUAACAUCCCCGGUCUAUCCAACCUCAACAUAUCCCUGCCGCCCAUGCCAGCUGUGGCACCCGUCAGCACCACAUCAGACGCCCCAGGCACCACUGUAGCAUCCACCACCCUGCCCCCACCGGUCUCUCUCCCUGGAGGGAUCUCAAUACCGGGCCCCACACCCCUGCCAAACCUCCCUGCUGGCAUCAGCACAGCUCCACAGACUACCACGCCAUCCUCGUAACUCUCUAACCAGGAAGGAACCUCAUCUCAUCUCUGGUGACUUGGCUUGACACCCUCCUGGUUUUGCUAGGAACCCUCUCAAAAAUUCUUCAUUGUGCAGGAAAUCAAUGACUCAUUCUUAACGCUUCAAACUCCAAGAGAAAUCGAGUAAAAGUGGAUUAGUUCCAUGUUCUUCAGUCCUGUAAAAUCCGCUAAAAUCUCCUGUGAUUUUGAAAGUUUUGCAAGAUUAAGGUUUGAGUCGUUUCGACAAAACUAAAUCUUCUUCAAAAUCAAAACAAAAGGCAAAUUCCAUGGCUGGUUAACUGAUUAUUUGCAAACAGUCAAGCUAAACCUCUGGUGUAUUGCACGGUGCAUGUGCCAACGCUUGCUUGUGCAAACUCUAUGAGCUGUGCUCAUAACUUGAAAGUGGGGCUUAAUUCUUAUUGGUAGUUAGUCUUUGGUUCAUUGCACAAUGGCGGAGUGUGGAGGAUUCAUGAAGUUAAUAAGCAAAAGAAUGCAUGGGCAGUUAGAAUGAUGGUACCCCAGCAGUUGCCAUCUUGAAUUGGGAUAUUUUAUUUCCCCAUGUUGUUAUACCUCUCAAUAAUAAACUGGAAUACGAAAAAAUGUGAUUUGUUUAAAAAGCUCCAUAAAUAUGAGAAAAUCCAACAAAAAUCUUUACAAAGGCUAAUUUAAUUUUCAAAAAAUUGGCACCUCAAUUCUUUUGGCAGUCUAGAAAUUCAAAUAUUUCAUAGAUCCUUUUACUAUAUGCCGGAGAAAAUUGAACUGAAUUUUGCCCGAUUGUAAUUAUGUAUUAAGUCUCUUUUGUCACUUGUUGCCUAGUACCCUGCUUAAUCACACUGUGAAGUGGGUCACCGCCACAGAGGCACCAACCUAACUCCUGCAUAAAGUCCAAUCCUGUCUCUGUUCAAAUGGCUGUCAGUAUUGCAGAAUAUUUCUAGUCAUUUUUAGUGAUUAAAAAAAUGCUCUGUUGGUAAAAGGAAAGCUAAGAUUGCCCAAAAAAUGGACUGUAAAACUCUGCUUUCAACACUCUCGUAAACAUUGUAAUCCCUUACACUUUCCUGAUUGACUGACAAGAAAAUAGGAAAAAGAGGAAAAAAAGAACAGCAUUAGUAAUUUGUUUUGGAGGGCAAAGAUAUGUUAGAUACAUCAUCUUAAGUUGGCAAACAUACUACCUUUUUAAGUUCAUUUUUAUAGAUUUUUUUUGUUACUAGAAACAUUCCUUAAAGCUACAAAUAGGUGUUCUUAGGAUAUGGUAUUUGAGUUGGGAUUUUUCUUAUUGCACUAAGAGCUGGAAAAUUAUAUAUUGCAACAAAAUCUUUGAAAAUACUGCAGUGCUUAAGGUAUUUUAUAUCAGUGCCAGUAUAGAUAUGCAUAGUUUGUAGGCUUAUGGACAAAUUGUUUGAUCCGAUUCAUAAGGCAAUCAUUUUCUUUUACUUGAAGGCUUAACUAAUUCAAAGUUAAAGUUUAGGAAUGGGGAAGUCCCUCGCUCAUUGCUGAAUAGUCAAGGGUUCCCCUUAAUUUGUCAGCAUUACAGUUUUUCAAAACGCAUUUGCAUACAUUCAAAGCAUGUUAAUCAAAAUAAUUCAAUCUAAGUACAAUCCAAUAUUUAAACACUUUGAACAAGUACAAGUCUGUUCACAUUACUUUUCUGUGAUUUUAAUGUUAAUGUUGAGACAUCGAGCAUGAAAGUUUGUUUCCUGUCCCAUUAUUAUAUCAAUUAAAUAAAGGAUACCUUUUUGGGACUUGAGUUAGAGCUCGUAUCAGGAGCUUGCGACACCAUCACGGUGUCUUUCUCAACUGGUGGUGGUGUUGAGACAGUUGUGUUUCCAAUAUGAAAGAUAAUAUCUUUGAAGAGCGCUUCAAACUAUCAAGGUCGCAAAAUUCAAACAAUACCGGUGUUUCAUCCAGGGAAAAGGUAAUGGAAAAAUUGUGUUGAAAAUGUCAAGCUAUUCCAACCGCAUGCUUCUGCUAUUUCAAAAAGUUGGCAAUUCAUGCUAAACUGCAAAGGAUUCUUAAAGGGUUGAAAGAAUUUAGGCCCCUGUGAAUUUCAGCGUGUAAAUGAAAACAGGUAACCUUUGAGGAUUUUAGGCAAUCGAUUGAAGUUAAUUGUUUGCCUAUUUAAAAAUUAUAGGAACCAGAACUACUUAAAAUGAAAAAGGAAUGAAAAGCGCUAUACUAUUGGAUGAAAUAAGUCCUGGUUUCUAUGUAGUAUUUCCGCUUUCCGUUUUAAUUGUAGUUUGCACUUCCUGAGAAAUACCCAGCAAUUUUACAUAACAGUGAUCAAGCAGAAUACAUGAAUUGACAUGCAUUACAGUCUUGAUUUUUUUAUUAUUUAAUCUUGGAAAAAAAGUGUAAAGACAAAAAUUCACAUCUCCACAUGUAUGUAAAUAAAUUGGCGUAAAUGGUUGCUAUAUCUGCAGAAUAUGUAAUCUCAUGCCAACACACUUUUGUAAAAUGUGCCAGAUUUCUCCAAUUUAAUUCAUGAUGUGAUCUACUUUAUUGGCAUUUUCUCACAGGAAAGGAAAAUAACAAAUUUAAACAAACGGUUUGGAAAGUUUUGAAUUUGUCUUAAAACCACAUGUACAAUUAAGAACAUGAAACAUCAGAUUAAAUGAUUUCUGGCUUGGUUUGUGUAGUUCUCUUUUCAAAACUCUUUACAAAAAAAUAAUAAAUUAUGAGUUUGUUUCUGAAUUGAUGUAAAUUAUUGACUUAAGGUGGAGAUAUGCAAGUUUUGCAGUUGAACACUUCUUUGAUGGUGAUAUGAAUGGUAAAAAGUAUAAUGAAAUAAAAUAUUUUUAAAAUA